GAAGUCCCAGGCAGAACAUUCCGAUCGUUCUUUAACAGACGCCGCAGUUGAAGAGGAGAUCAUGCCUAUGCCCGAGCCGAUGUCAGAACCGCUUCGGGCGCUUGCGAAAGUCGAAACCAUUGACGUGCUUCUUUACGCGCCGACGGAUCCCAUAA